AUGAUGGUAAUGCCCAAGCUACAUAUUGUAAAAUUAUCUGAUUAAUUGGUUUCCGGAUUGAAAUUUUAUAACAGAGGAGGGAAUAGUUUAGACCAUUUAUAAAUGUCAAUCAUCAAAAUAUAAGCCUUAUACACUUUUUGA